CGUCCCGACUCUGUCUCCUAGAGAUUCAGUCUCUGGAUCCUUAGCACACAGAAUCCUCUGACCUGGCCCUGGUGCCCCUUCUUAAGCGAUAGUCUCAAAACUCAGACUUGUAGUAACAUCGGGCUCUCACCUAUCCAAAAGAUCACUGCCUGACUGUGUGAUAGUACACGGAAGGGCUAGUAAUUCAGAAGGAGGAGCGACUGCAACAGCACACAGGCGGAGCCAACCGUCCACUGAAGGGUAUUUCUUCCUCUCAGCUGCUAAGUUUCUAUCUUCCUGUGGCUGAAACAGCGUCUAGGCUCCGAGAUGGGUGCUGCAGAGACUGCAGAGGCUUCUGUGGGCAUGCUCAGUACCACAGACCGCCUGAAGGAGGGUAAAAAGUUCCAAGUACUUUGUCCCAGCAUCCUCUCCCCUGAGUCCCGUGCUAAGCUCUACGGCUGCUAUGCAGUGAUCGCUGUCCUCACUGCAGCUGUAAUUGCACUGACUGUUACACUGUCAGCAAAGGAAAAACAAGUCUCAAUGAAAACUACCUAUGCUGUUUGCCCAAGAGGCUGGAUUGGAUUUGGGAGUAAAUGUUUUUAUUUUUCUGAAGACUUGUAUAAUUGGAUACUCAGCAAGAACUUCUGCAUGAAAGUGGAGGCCCAGUUAGCUCGAUUUGACAAUCAGGAGGAGCUGGAUUUCCUGAUGAAAUUCAAAGGGAGUUUUGACUACUGGAUUGGCCUGCACAGGAACUCAUCAAGUGACCCUUGGAGAUGGGCAGACAACACUGAGUAUAACAACAGCUUGACUCCCAUCCGAGGACAGGGAGAAUGUGUUUACCUGAACGAAAAAGGCAUCGGCAGUGCCCGGAUGUUUGCAAUCAGGAGAUGGAUCUGUAGCAAGCCCAACAGCUAUACCCUCCAAUGCCAAAUUCCGUUUUCUCCUUUCUAGUCUUUCCCAAGAGAUGCUUUGUAACCUGGCCUCUACAGUUGCUACUCUGUCACCUAUUUGCCAACAUUGUUAUCAAAAGGAACUGUUAAUAUUUCUCCAUAUCACAAAUGAAACCCAUCUUGGAAAACUGCACACACAGGGGUUUAGAAGAACAUAGAUGAGUCUAAAAUAGGUGUUGACACUAAUAUCUUAAGCCUAAAGUACAUUUAAAGUUAGUGAACCCCACUUUUACGAUAUGAAGUUUUUGUGCAGACAGUCCACCUUUUGAAUUUAUUUAUUUAUUUUCGAUACAUCAUUUUAUUUUACUUUGUUUUCAUUUUACAUAUCAACCACAGUUCCCCCUUCCUCCCCUCCUCCUGCUUUCCCUCCACCUCCCCUCAUUGCAUCCCCCAUCAGCUCCUUAGAGAGAGUAAGGCCUCCCAUGGGGCAUCAGUAAGGUCUGGCACAUCAAGUUGAGGCAGGACCAAGCCCCUCACCUCUGCAUCAAGGCUGAGUGAGGUAUCCCAUCUUAGUGGGUGGGCUCCAAAAAGCCAGUUCAUGCAUCAGGUAUAAAUCCUGUUCCCACUGACAGGGGCCCACAGACAGCCAGCCACACAAAUGUCAGACCACUAAAAUGAGUUCCCCAAAGUGCACUUGCCCUUGGAAUUUAAUAAUGAAAAGCGUCAGGCAGUGGUGGCAUAUGCCUUUAGUCCCAGCACGCAGGAAGCAAAGGCAAGUAGAUCUCUCUGAGUUCGAGGCCAGCUUGGUCUACAAAGUGAGUUCUAGGACAGCCAAGGCUACACAGAGACACCCUGUUUUGGAAAAAAGAAAAGAAAAUGGCCGCCUGGUGUUGUGACACACACCUGCAAUCCCAGCUACUUAUGGGUUGAAAAAGGAGGGUCACAGAUUCACAAGUGGGGACUGAAAGUAUGGGAAUGCUUUAACAAUGAUAGGGAAGAUGAGAAUCCAUUUGCAGCAUCCCAUAAUUUGGGGGAGGGGGGGACAACACACAAUACACUCUUUUCAAAAUUCAUUCCAACAUAUAGGAGAAUUUAAAAAGUAUUUAAAACUAAGAUUUACUUUAUGCUCUGCAAUUUAAAACAUUAGAGAUAUUGUCAAAAUGUUUCUCUACUUUAGUUUUCAAUUAUACACUUCUAAAUACAUCUUAUAAACAAAUGCCAUUUUAGUUUCCCCAUUUGAUUAGACUUACUUCACAUCAAAUGGCAGUUAGUUAUGUUGCUUGAGUUUUUCUGCCUGGCCCACAGUCAGGGCAAAUCUCUCUCACCCACCAGUCCCAAGCCGCUCAAACCCGAUCAAGUAAACACAGAGACUUAUAUUGGUUACAAACUGUAUGGCCGUGGCAGGCUUCUUGCUAACUGUUCUUACAGCUUAAAUUAAUCCAUUUCUAUUAAUCUAUACCUUGCCACGUGGCUUGUGGCUUACCGGUACUUUACAUCUUCCUUGUCCUGAUGGCGGCUGGCAGUGUCUCUCCCCUAGCUUCCUGUUCUCUCAAUUUUCCUCUCUGUUAGUCCCGCCUAUACUUCCUGCCUGGCCACUGCCAAUCAGUGAUUUAUUCAUUGACCAAUCAGCAACACAUUUGACAUACAGACCAUCCCACAGCAUAGUUAAACUCCUCCAGCAUUCAAUAAUUAAUCUCUUGAGAGUGUGCAUAUUAUUGGGCCCUAAAAACAACAUAUUUAAAGUCUUUAUGGAGUAGCUACACUGUACUGAUGAGUCCCAAAAAGGACGAAAUAUCAGGUUACAAAGCAUCUUUUGAUCUCUUCAUCCCUUCCUCUCCCUCUUGUUCUGUUCAAAAAACACUUUUUUAUCUACUUCUUUUAUGUCUAUUUCUUGUAUAUAUAUAUGUGUGCGUAUGUAUACAUGCACACUGCCUGAGCUGGCAGAGAUCAGAGGGCAUCAGCUCCCUGGAACUGGAGUUAUAGACUGAUGUGAGUGGGCACAUAGGUGCUGGGAAUGAAACCCAGGUCUUCUGCAAAAACAAGUGUUCUUAACUGCUGAGCCAUCUCUCCAGCCUUUUCUUCCUCCAUGUUUUUUUUUUUUUUUUUUUUUUUUUUUUUUUUAUUGACACUUCUUGGUAAGCUUUGCAAAAGUAGCAUGUAUCUCCUAAACUCUUUCUGUAGACCAGACUGACCUGGAACUCACAGAGAUCCGCCUGCCUCUGCCUCCCAAGUGCUGGGAUUAAAGGCAUGCGCCACCACCGCCUGGCUAGUUUUUCUAAGUUUUAAAAUGCAAAUGCUAUACUUUGUACCUGUCCCUUUCUGAACAGAAAUUGAGCAGGGGUGGGGAUGAAGAGAGGUGGGGAGAGGGAAUGGAAGGAGAAAAUGGUAUAUAAAGUAAAUAAAUGAAUUUAAUUAAGAAAAAAGUGCAAGUGAGUAAUGUAUUGUGCUUAUUUUAAGACUAUGCUUUAUUAUUUAUUAGAUGAAUACAAGUAUAUUUUAUUCUGGAAAAUGACUUUCUCAGCCCCUCUUUCAUUUAGCCCUAACAAAAUGUUUUCCUUGCAAUCUACUUUACUUCCUGCAUCUGAAUAGAAAGGUAGAAAACAUCCUCAGGGACUGGCUAUGUGUUCAAAAGAGGAGUCUUCAAAGUAGACCCAUGGAAUGAACUAUAUUCUCACAAUUUUGGCUGUGAGACUGGUUAGUUUCAACUAAGUUCCUGACAAAGAAAGCUAUAUUUCUAAAAUAAUUAUUUGAUAUCAUUAAUUGGUGUGAACUUAACCUACAAAAUAAAUUUGAUAGGUGUAUGAUCUUAGCUGACCCAAAAAUCUUGUAUGCAGUAGACUUGAAAAAAAAUUAGGUCUACUCAUUCCAACUCCUAAGAUUCAGAUGAGAUGACCCAGGAAAAUGUCUUAGCAGUGUCUCCAUCUGGCUCAUCGUAAACACAUGACAAGUUUUCUUCCAUUGCUCUGUGGAAAUAAUUCUGAAAGAAACAGCAAGUUUUGAAGAGCAUUGGCCCUUCUAAGGAAUCCCCCCACAAGCUGCCAGUGAGCUGUUUAAACCACUUUCUUAUAGGCAACAGAAUUUACCAGUAGUUAAAUGAAUCAUUUAAAAAGCAUAUAGUAAAUCAAUCUUUUUCUUUUUCCUUUUUCUUUUUUGAGACAGAGUCUUACUCUGUAGACCAGGAUGGCUUUGAACUCAGAGAUCUCCCUGCCUCUGCCUUCUGAAUACUAGUUUUAAAGGAGUGUGCCACCAUGCCUGGCUUAGGUUUUUAUGGGUGGGGGAGGUGGGUCAGUGGGUAAGAGUUUUGUUGUACCAACACAAGGACCUGAAUUGAAAUUCUCACCAGCAGCCUAAAAAGUCAAGCAUGGCUUUCCUUAUACUUCUGUUAUUUCAGGUCUACAGGGUACAGAGACAGGAGGAUCCCUAGGUCUUGCUGGUCACCAAUCUGGUUCAGGGAGAGACAACGCUUCCCACAAUGAAAGAAAAAGGAGACUAUAGCUAUGAAACAAACUGUUCAAACACAUUAUCGGAACUAAAAUCCAAAUAAUUUGGGAUUUGUACCUUCCCUUAGUUCAAAUCCAUCAAAUUUAUCCUUAAAAUUUUUCCUUUUAUUCUUUGAGAAUUUUGUUCAAUGUGUUUUGAUCUUAUUUACACUCUCCCCAACCCUUACUUCUACCUGAUCUGUCCUUACUCACCCACCUUUAUGUCUUUAAAAUAAACAAACAAACAAACAAACAAACAAAACCCAUUGAGACCAGUUUAUGCUGCCCAAGCACUCCCAGAUCUAUGGCUUCAUCUGGAGCAUGGUUUGCUCUCCAAGGGCAGCGUUCUUAAAGAAAAAUAUCUCUUCCUUUCCUAGCACCUAACUACUUACUGCCAAUAGCUCCAUGGCAAGGGGUGAGAUUUCAUGUCUAAUCAAUGCUGAAAUUUCGUCAAGUUUGGGUUUGCACAAGUCUUGUGCAUGCUGCCAGAACUGCUGUGAAUUCAUAAUGUGUCUGUCCUGCUCUGUCCAGAAGAUACUGUUUCUUUGUAGUCAUCUACCACCUCUGGCUCUUACAUUCUUUCUACUCUCAUUGCUACAAUGACCCCUGAGCAUGGGGAGUUGGGGUGUAGCAUAUAUGUUCCUUUUAGACCUGAGCAUUCUAUAGUGUCUUAUGCUCUACACCUUGUCCAGUUUGUGGGUCUUUGUAUUAAUUACCAUCUGCUGCAAAUAGAAGCUUCUCAAAUGAGGUUCGAGUGAUGCACUGAUCUGUCUAUCUACCGGUUCUUGGCCCAAUAAUGGUUCCAGCUUUGAGCUUCAUCUUCCGGAGCAGGACUUAAAUCCAAUCAGAAAGAGGUUGGUGACUCCUAUGAUGUUUGAAAGAGGUUGGUGACUCCUAUGAUGUUUACGACACUAUUGCACUAGUGGACAUGUCUUGCCAGACCAGCCAUUAUUGUAACUUGCAUGGUUUAAAGCUGGGUCUAACUGAUGAUUACUUUUCUCUUCUGAUAGCAUGUAUAGCCUUUUCUAGAACAAUGAAAGCUAUUCAGUUGGAUGAAACUUCUGGGUCAAUACCAGCUUUGUUUCUCCAUGUUCUGUGAUUUGAAUAUGUAGUAUCUUUAGCAGUAGGAUUUUACUUUCAAGCUCUGGAAGGCAAUCAUAAGCAAUGGCAAUAGCCUGUAAUGUUUGGUUGGGGGUGUAUAGGACUUCAUGAUCCAAAAACUCAAAAGAAUUAACCAUUCUUGGCACUGGUCUUUUUAGUUUUAGCAUGUGGUGUCUAGUAAGGGUAUUGUUGCCUAUUAUUAGGAUAACAUCAUUUUAAAUAUAUAUAUUAAUUUAAUAAAAUAUUUCAAAAAUAUAUAGCACACAUAAACAUACAUAUAUACAUACAUGUGCUUCUACAGUAGUAGGUUUCCAUAUCACUUUUUAAAGGGGCCUUUAAUGUUAUUUAUCUCUUCACAUACUCUCUUCUCCAUCCUGAUCUUUGCUCCCCCAACAUAAUUAAACCUUUCUUAAUCUAUCAUUCUGUUUUAAUAUUUCAUAUCAGUGUUUUCUGCCUCCCUAUCAUUGAAAGCUCCUCUCCAUGGUCUCUUGGCAAUGUCCUGACUUCUGUGAGUAUUGCAGCAGAAACACAACUAUCUGAGUGUCUGAAGCCAACAUUUACAAAUGAGAGACAACAUGUGACAUUUUUCUUUCUGGGUCUGGGUUGCCUAACUCAGAAUGAUUAUCUUCAGCUCCAUCCAUUUAGAUGCAAAUUUCAUGGUGAUAUAUUUUUUUUUAUUUUUUGUUUGAAUUCCUGAAUUUUUUUAUUUUAAAUAUUGUUUUGUUUUUGCUUUUCUUCAGAGAUUCUAUAAAUUAAAUUCCAUUUUCAUUUCUUGUCUUAUUUUCAUAAUUUAAUUCAACUGUGUUUUGUGGUAUUUGUUUUGGCAUUUAUUUAUAUCCUCUUAGAAUUCUUUAUUUUCAGUAUUGCUGUUUUUGAAUUCAUUGUCUUAUACAUCACCUGAGUUGUUUUUCUUAGGGAACAUUACUCUGGACAUACUAACUUUUUUUGGAGACUUAGUACUUUGGUUAUUCAUGUUUGCCCAUUUGUAAUGGAAACUAAGUAUCUGCAGUCAGGUGGUGAGUACUGUUUAUUGGUAUGGAAAUCUUGACUCUAAUCUAGUUGAGCAGGUGUUCUAGCUUCCUGUUAAUAUAUUUCAACUUGUCAGAUGGUAGGCCAGCUGUGUGGAACUUAGGGUUCAGUCUUUGGGCAACUCAGAUGUUUGAAUCAGGUAUCAGAAGUAGUCCUGGCUUAGCUUAAGUUAAGUGAGGCUUCUCAGCUGCAGAAGAAGACCUUCUGCAGUGUGAGAACUGUAGCUCUAUGUAGAGGGGAGGUCAUGCCACCUUUUCCUUCUUUAUGUUCUUAGUCCUUGGCCUUAUCCCUAGCAGGUGGUACGGGUUCAAUUAACAGCCAGUCCACAACUGAACAUGUUGUUAUAUAUUUUCUGAUGUGUAUUUUUUAAAUUAUAUGUAUUCUUGACAGUUUAUAGCCUGACAGUUUACUUAAAAACACACGUUGUUCUUCUGUGUUAUUGAAUCUAACCUAAAAGACUUCACAGUUUCUUGCUCUGAUCAUUCCAGAGGCAGAGUUAGGUAGAACUCUUAUAAUAUGCUGUAUUUUAUGGUCUUUACUCAUUUGGUAUCUUUACCAUCAUCCAUCAUUAUCAAAGGUCCAAGUGCAGUCAGGCUGAGGAAAACUGGGGUAAUUUUCAUGAUUUUUUUUUUUUUU